CUUGGUUCUUCAUGUCUUUCUGGCUUUCCUUUUAGCACCUAUUUUAUUCAACUCCUCUAACCCUAUGGAGACCUGUUCAUUUUCUUUCUUGUCCCCCAAACUCUUGUAAGGUGUCCAUGGCUGAAGCUCAAGCUGUGAGUCUUUCCAGGGGAUUGGUAUUUCUUUCAUUAUUCAUGGAAAUUAGCUCUAAAUUAAGGAUUUUACGUGCGGUGCCACUGGGGUGUGUGUGUGUGUGACAUUUUUGCAUAAGGAAACCUUCCCAGGCGUGCAGGUCUUGGCUCAUGUUUAGGGUUAGCCCCAUAUACUAGAUAGUGCAGAAGAAAGGAGACCAUAAGGCCCCCUGAAUGAUUCUUGACUUUGCCAAGUUCUCCACGGUAAGGAGUGAAGAGCAGAACCAUGACCCCGUGCUGCACAAAGAGCUUUGUGCGCUCUCCUGGGGGAUUCUGGGAGUGAGGGACAGGUCGCCAGAAAGAUUCUUUUGUCUCUUACUCACUUGGAUCAGAGUGAACACAAACAACCUGUUUCUUUAUUAAUGCCACUCUCUUUUUUUUGCAGAGCUAGAUUAAGCGCUGAUUAAAGGUGAAUGAUUCCACAGUAUAAAUCUCUCUCCACCCCACCCAAGAGAGGACUCCAGGCUCCCUCAGAAAGGCAGCUAGCUCAGCUCCGAGGAGCAUCUCAGCUCAGCUCCUGGGAGGCGUCUUUGGGGCGCCCUUGGGCUGCUGAGGACACAGGGAAGGGCCCUGGAGAGUCUCUGCUCACAAGGAUACAGAUAGAAGAAAAGAUGGCCUGCCCUGUGAUCUUCCCAGAUGCUCGCAACUUCCACCUCUUCACUCCCGAUUCCCUGGCUAUGAUUGAGAAACUGAUUGCUGCAGAGAAACUGAAGAAGAGUGCCCAAGACUCAUCAGUUUUUGAAGCCUCUCCUCGGCCUCAGCUUGACUUGAAAGUAUCUAGGAAGCUGCCCAAGAUUUAUGGGGACAUUCCUCCUGAGGUUGUGGGGAAGCCUCUGGAAGACCUCGACCCUUUCUAUGUGAACCACAAGACGUUCAUGGUGUUGAACAAAAAGAGGAUCAUCCACCGCUUCAGUGCCAAGCCAGCCUUAUUUAUUCUCGGACCUUUUAAUCCAAUCAGGAGAUUGGCUGUUGGCAUCUCAGUCCAUUCGUUAUUCAGCAUGUUCAUCAUAUGCACUGUUAUUGUCAACUGUGUCUUCAUGGCUGCUAAUAGUCUUGUGAGCAGCAGACCUAGUAGUGGUAUUGCUGGGCAUGUUUUUACUGCCAUCUAUAUUUUUGAAGCAUUGAUUAAAAUAUUAGCAAGAGGACUUUUUCUGGAUGAAUUCACUUACCUUCGAGAUCCAUGGAACUGGUUGGAUUUCAUUGUCAUCAUGCUGGCAUUUCUAUCGUAUGGGAUUUCUACACUAGACAGUGUGUCAGCUCUAAGAACAUUUCGUGUCCUCAGAGCUUUAAAAGCCAUCUCAGUCAUUUCAGGUUUGAAGGUCAUUGUUGGGGCCUUGCUGCGCUCAGUGAAGAAACUGGUGGAUGUGAUGAUUCUGACCAUCUUUUGCUUGAGCAUUUUUGCCUUGGUGGGGCAGCAGUUCUUCAUGGGAAGUCUGAGGUAUAGAUGUAUCAGCAGGUCCUGUUUGAGUAUUGUGAAUGAGCCUUUUGAAGCUGAAAACUGUACAUUUCUCAAGGAUGAUGCUGAUUUUCUAGAAAACUGCACUGAAAAUAAAAAUGAAGGCUCAACUGAAAAAAGAUUAUGUGGCACCUGGAUGGGUAACAGAUCAUGUUGCCCUGAGUUUAUAUGCUGUAAAACUAAGAUCAGUCCAGAUUUUAAUUUUACAAACUUUGACCAUUUUGGUUGGGCCUUUCUCAGCAUGUUCCGAGUGAUGACUCAGGAUUCCUGGGAACGUCUUUAUCAGCAGACCCUUCGAGCCGUCGGGCCAUUUGCUGUGGUCUUUUUUGUGGUAGUCAUCUUCCUGGGCUCUUUUUACCUGAUUAACCUGACCUUGGCUGUCGUCACCAUGUCAUACGAGGAGCAGAAUAAAAAUGUGGCAGCUGAGACAGAAGCAAAAGAGAAAAUGUUCAGAGAAGCUCUGCAGCUGCUAAAGCAGGAGCAGGAGACUCUGGUUGCUAUGGGAAUCGAUAGGAGCUCACUUAAUUCCCUUGAAACAUCAUCCAUUUCUUGUCAAAAGAGAAGCCUGUUCAGCAACAAGAGGAGAUCCUUCCUUGUGGGAAAUUCUGAGCAAGAGCAAGCCGCACUCUCAGAUCCUGAUGACGGUGUCCAAACAAAGCAGCAGUUAUUGAACCAAACCAAGCGUCUGUCCCAGAACUUGUCCGUGGAUUACUGGGAUGACCGCGGCAACACCUUCCAGAGGCAGCGAGCCCUGAGUGCAGUCAGCAUCGUCACCAUCACUAUGCAGGAGUAUGAAAAGUCACAGCAGAAAUGCCUUCCUUGUCAGAAAAACUUUGUCUCCAAAUACUGCAUUUGGGAGUGUUGUCCCCUGUGGCUACACAUUAAAAGGACUGUGGAGCUAAUUAUCAUGGAUCCCUUUGCUGACCUGGCUAUCACCAUUUGUAUCAUCGUCAACACUGUAUUCAUGGCAAUGGAGCACUGUGGAAAGGGGAAAGACUUCGAGAAAAUGCUCAAUAUAGGAAAUUAUGUUUUUACUGGAAUUUUUGUUGCAGAAAUGUUCUUCAAAAUUAUUGCCCUGGAUCCAUACUAUUAUUUUCUCCGUCCCUGGAACAUUUUUGACGGCAUCAUUGUUGUUCUGAGUCUUGUGGAAAUAAUCAUUUCAAGUUCUAUUACAUCAAAUUUGUCAAUAUUACGUUCCUUAAGACUGCUUAGAGUUUUCAAGUUAGCCAAAUCCUGGCCAACAUUGAAUACUCUUAUUAAGAUUAUUGGCCACUCAGUUGGUGCCCUGGGUAACCUCACUCUGGUCCUGGCCAUCAUUGUCUUCAUCUUCUCAGUCGUUGGCAUGCAGCUUUUUGGGACUACGUUCAAUGACACUGUUUCACGCUCUAACUCCACGGGAUUGCAACGACGGCGUUGGCAUAUGGGAGACUUCUUCCACUCCUUCCUGGUGGUUUUCCGCAUUCUCUGUGGUGAAUGGAUUGACAACAUGUGGGAGUGUAUGCGUGAGUCACCCCAUAUGCUGUGCAUUCUGGUUUUCUUGCUGAUCUUGGUGAUAGGAAACUUGGUGGUCCUCAAUCUUUUCAUCGCCCUGCUGCUCAACUCCUUCAGCAGAGAGGAAAGAGGAGGGAAUGGGGCAGGAGAGGUGAGGAAGACCAAGCUGCAGCUUGCUUUUGAUAGGUUCCACCGGGCAUUUCAUUUUGUGAAACGUGCCAUCUGGCAGUUUUGUAGCAGUUCUUUCAAGAAGCAAAGGUUUAGAAAGCCAAAGGACGUGUCCAAAAAGCAAAAGGCUCAGAAUAAAGACAUUAUUCCACUGGAGUCGGGAAUAAACCGAGAGCAAGCAAACCAUGAAAAAUUUUGCCCUCAGGAUGAGACCAGUCCCCCUGGGUUCACAGGCCUGGGCUGUAUACAGGAGAAUUUGAAUGCUAGGCAUCCUUCACUUGUUAAAGCCCCACUUGCUGAAGGAGAAGAAGAUGAAGAUAGUGAAUCUCUAGAUGAAGAUGAGCCCCAGGAUUUCAUGGAAACAGAGUUUUGUAAACAGGAAGAAAAGGAGUGUAUGAGCCCGGGAGCUGUGAGUGGAGAGGUUGAUGUAUUUUCUGAAGAUGGCACUGAAUGGACAGCACAAAAAUUGAAAGAGAAGUUUGACACGAUCAGCUAUCUAUCUAACUGCAGCACCAUUGAUCUGAAGGAUCUCAAUUUGUUGAUUCCUGAAAUGAUUCCUGAAAAGGGGCCUGAGAGAUGUUUGCCCAAAGUCUGCAACAAAUGCUUCCCCUGCUUUGCACUGAAUGUAAGAAAGUCUCCUGGAAUCCUUUGGCUGAAACUGAGGAUCACCUGCUACAGAAUCGUCAAGCAUAACUGGUUUGAGAGUUUCAUUAUCUUCAUGAUUCUUCUGAGCAGUGGAGCUCUGAUAUUUGAAGAUUGUCACCUCCCGUCAAAACCUACCAUUAAGAAAUUGCUGGAAUUUACUGAUAGGGUUUUUACCUACAUUUUCAUCCUAGAGAUGUUUUUAAAAUGGGUGGCAUAUGGAUUUAGGAAGUAUUUUACGAAUGCAUGGUGCUUUCUCGACUUCAUCAUUGUAAAUGUCUCUAUCAUAAGCCUCAUUGCUGAUAAUUCAACAACACCCUUGUCUUUUAAUGUUAAAUCCCUUCGGACACUGAGAGCCCUGAGGCCCUUGCGAGCACUGUCCCAGUUUGAAGGAAUGAGGGUUGUGGUCAAUGCCCUUGUUGGGGCCAUCCCUGCCAUCUUAAAUGUUCUGCUUGUCUGCCUCAUCUUCUGGCUCAUCUUCUGUAUGCUAGGGGUGAACCUUUUUGCUGGGAAAUUUGGAAAGUGCAUCAACCAAAACAAAAAAGAAACUAUAAACUACACCAUCAUUAGCAACCUCUCCUUGUGCAGAAUUGAUAUCCACCCUGACGUGUGUUGGACUAACGCUAAAGUCAACUUUGAUAACGUUGGGAUUGGUUACUUGGCUCUUCUACAGGUGGCAACAUUUAAAGGUUGGAUGGACAUUAUGUAUGCAGCUGUAGAUUCAAGAGGGGAAAAGCAGCAGCCCAACUUCGAGGCAAAUAAAGCUGCAUAUCUCUACUUCGUUGUUUUUAUCAUUUUUGGCUCCUUCUUCACAUUGAAUCUUUUCAUUGGUGUUAUCAUUGAUAACUUUAACCAACAGCAAAAAAAGUUAGGUGGCCAAGAUAUCUUCAUGACAGAGGAGCAGAAAAAAUAUUACAAUGCAAUGAAAAAGCUGGGAUCAAAGAAGCCCCAAAAACCUAUUCCAAGGCCUUUGAACAAAUGCCAAGCUUUUGUGUUUGAUGUAGUCACAAGCCAGGCCUUUGACAUUUUCAUCAUAACUCUCAUUUGCCUUAAUAUGAUCACCAUGAUGGCAGAAACAGACUCUCCUGAAGGACCCAACAUACAGAAGGCACACCUUCUGGACACCCUCAACUUGGUCUUUGUUGUCAUCUUCACAGUUGAAUGUCUCUUGAAAAUCUUUGCUCUGAGGCAAUUCUACUUUGCUAAUGGUUGGAACUUAUUUGACUGUGUGGUCGUGGUGCUGUCCAUUGUUAGCCUUAUUGUUUCUGUUCUGGAAUCGAGUAAGGCAAUUCCAUUCCCUCCUGUGCUCUUCAGAGUCAUUCGCUUGGCUCGGAUUGGCCGAAUACUCAGACUUGUUCGAGCAGCUAAAGGAAUACGGACUCUUCUUUUUGCAUUGAUGAUGUCACUUCCUUCCCUAUUCAACAUUGGACUUUUGCUCUUUCUGGUCAUGUUUAUCUAUGCCAUUAUUGGUAUGACUAAUUUUUCCCAGGUGAAAUAUGAGGCAGGGAUUGAUGACAUGUUCAACUUUCGAACCUUUGGCAAUAGCAUGCUCUGUCUUUUCCAAAUCACUACAUCAGCAGGUUGGGAUGCCCUCUUAAGUCCUAUGUUGAGUUCAAAAUAUUCAUGUUGUAACCCAGAGAAUGCUUGUAAUUCUGAAACUUGUAACCCAGAAAGUUCUUGUCCUAAAAAUGACGCUAAACCAGAUAGUGACUGUGUGAGCUCCGUCAUGGCAAUUACAUUCUUUGUCAGUUACAUCAUUAUCUCCUUCCUAAUUGUUGUCAACAUGUACAUUGCUGUGAUUUUAGAAAACUUCAACACUGCCACUGAAGAGAGUGAGGAUCCCUUAAGUGAGGAUGACUUUGACAUAUUCUAUGAAACUUGGGAAAAAUUUGAUCCUGAAGCAACACAAUUCAUCAAAUACUCAGCUCUCUCAGACUUUGCUGAUGCCUUGCCAGAACCCUUACGUGUGGCCAAGCCAAACAGAAAUCAGCUCCUACUGAUGGAUCUGCCCAUGGUCAGUGGCAAUCGACUUCACUGCAUGGAUAUACUGUUUGCUUUUACCACAAGAGUGCUGGGGGACUCAGAAGGUAUGGAUUGCCUUAAAAGUCAGAUGGAAGAGAAAUUCAUGGAGGCCAAUCCUAACAAGAAGUUAUAUGAACCAAUUGUGACCACCACAAAGCGCAUGGAGGAAGAGCGAUGUGCUGCUAUCAUCCAGAAGGCCUAUCGACUUCACUUGAUGAAGAGUAAUGCCAAGAAAACAUCUUCCUUAACCCCUCAGAUGGUUUGCAAUGGAGCCAUUGGUAACUUAGAAGUACCUGAUGGCAAAAUACACUUUGACUGACAUUGAUUGAGAUCAAUCAGCAGACUCAUGCAGAGGCUAUAUCCUUGCAACUUUGCUUUUUAGUGUGAUGGAAGCAUAGGGUGGAGUCAAUGGCUUGAUGAAUAUCCAACUGAUGGCUGAAUUUUCAGUUUUUUAAAAAUUAUCAGACAUAAAUAAUUGUUUAUUUAAAUAUGCAGGGAAGACUUUCAAAUAUGACGUAUGCAAUCUCUUAUUACAAUGAUAUGCAUCAAAGUUUUCAUUCCUUUAAAAAUCAGGUACUGCAUUGAUGCAUAAAAGGGAAUUCAUAAAGGGCUGGAAAAGGUCCAUUAAUAUCUGGAUUAUAUUUAAAUGCCAUUUAUCUAUCCACAGAUGUGAUAUGGCACCCUGAUAUAGCACCUUGCUUAUAAGAAUAAUCACAUACAAUGACCUUGCAUGCUAACCAGGAAAUGCUGGUGAAUUAGCCACUACAGAUGCUUUAUGUUGUCAUAAAAGAAAUUUAGCUUGUUUAAAACAUUAAAACAUAUUAAUUACCGAUAUGUAUAUUAUUUACAAAAGCAUUUGUUGACCGUCAUGAA